CGUCAUUAGAGCGCGACACUUGUCAGUACCUGGAAAUCCAGGAAAAUGGUGGUGAUGGCGCGCGUCCCGCGGCCGGAGAGGCCGGACCUUGUUUUUGAAGAAGAGGAUCUUCCCUAUGAGGAAGAAAUCAUGAGGAAUCAGUUCUCAGUCAAAUGCUGGCUCCGCUACAUCGAGUUCAAACAGGGGGCACCAAAGCCCCGGCUCAAUCAGCUGUACGAACGGGCACUCAAACUGCUGCCCUGCAGCUACAAACUCUGGUACCGUUAUCUAAAGGCACGCCGGGCACAGGUGAAGCAUCGCUGUGUGGCAGACCCUGCCUAUGAAGAUGUCAACAACUGCCAUGAGAGGGCCUUUGUGUUCAUGCACAAGAUGCCCCGUCUGUGGCUAGACUACUGCCAGUUUCUCAUGGACCAGGGACGUGUCACACACACUCGCCGCACUUUUGACCGUGCCCUCCGAGCCCUGCCCAUCACACAGCACUCUCGAAUCUGGCCCCUGUACCUGCGCUUUCUGCGCUCCCACCCACUGCCAGAAACUGCUGUUCGAGGCUACCGGCGCUUCCUGAAGCUGAGCCCAGAGAGCGCUGAGGAGUACAUCGAGUACCUCAAGUCCAGUGACCGGCUAGAUGAGGCUGCACAGCGCCUGGCCACUGUGGUGAACGAUGAACGCUUUGUGUCCAAGGCUGGCAAGUCCAAUUAUCAGCUGUGGCAUGAGUUGUGUGACCUCAUCUCCCAGAAUCCGGACAAGGUGCAGUCCCUCAAUGUGGAUGCCAUCAUCCGAGGCGGCCUCACACGCUUCACAGACCAGCUGGGCAAGCUAUGGUGCUCGCUGGCUGACUACUACAUCCGCAGUGGCCACUUUGAGAAGGCUCGGGAUGUGUAUGAAGAGGCCAUCCGCACUGUGAUGACUGUGCGGGAUUUCACCCAGGUGUUUGACAGCUACGCCCAGUUUGAGGAGAGCAUGAUUGCAGCAAAGAUGGAGACUGCCUCUGAGCUGGGGCGGGAGGAGGAGGAUGACGUUGACCUAGAACUGCGACUGGCCCGCUUUGAGCAGCUCAUCAGUCGACGGCCACUGCUCCUCAACAGUGUCCUGCUGCGCCAGAAUCCACACCAUGUCCACGAAUGGCACAAGCGUGUGGCCCUACAUCAGGGCCGCCCCCGGGAGAUCAUAAACACGUACACAGAGGCUGUACAGACAGUGGAUCCCUUCAAGGCCACAGGCAAGCCCCACACCCUGUGGGUUGCAUUUGCUAAGUUUUAUGAGGACAAUGGACAGCUGGAUGAUGCCCGUGUCAUCCUGGAGAAGGCCACCAAGGUGAACUUCAAGCAGGUGGACGACCUGGCUAGUGUGUGGUGCCAGUGCGGUGAGCUAGAGCUUCGCCAUGAGAAUUACGAUGAGGCCUUGAGGCUGCUGCGGAAAGCAACAGCACUACCUGCUCGCCGGGCUGAGUACUUUGACGCCUCGGAGCCAGUGCAGAACCGCGUGUACAAAUCACUGAAGGUGUGGUCGAUGCUUGCUGACCUGGAAGAGAGCCUGGGUACCUUUCAGUCAACAAAGGCUGUCUAUGACCGCAUCCUGGACCUGCGCAUUGCCACCCCACAGAUUGUCAUCAACUAUGCCAUGUUCCUGGAAGAGCACAAGUACUUUGAGGAGAGCUUCAAGGCAUAUGAGCGUGGCAUUUCACUAUUCAAGUGGCCCAAUGUGUCUGACAUUUGGAGCACCUACCUGACUAAAUUCAUUGCCCGCUAUGGAGGCCGAAAGCUGGAGCGGGCACGUGACCUCUUCGAGCAGGCGCUGGAUGGCUGCCCACCCAAAUACGCCAAAACCCUGUACCUGUUGUACGCACAGCUAGAGGAGGAGUGGGGCCUGGCCCGCCAUGCCAUGGCUGUAUAUGAUCGUGCCACCAGGGCUGUGGAGCCCACCCAGCAGUAUGAUAUGUUUAACAUUUAUAUCAAGCGGGCUGCUGAGAUCUACGGUGUCACCCACACCCGUGGCAUCUACCAGAAGGCCAUCGAGGUGCUAUCUGAUGAGCAUGCCCGAGAGAUGUGCCUACGCUUUGCAGACAUGGAGUGCAAGCUUGGUGAGAUUGACCGCGCUCGAGCCAUCUACAGCUUCUGCUCCCAGAUCUGCGACCCCCGGACAACUGGGGCGUUCUGGCAGACAUGGAAAGACUUUGAGGUCCGGCAUGGCAACGAGGAUACUAUCAGGGAGAUGCUGAGGAUCCGACGGAGCGUGCAGGCCACGUAUAACACACAGGUCAACUUCAUGGCCUCGCAGAUGCUUAAGGUGUCAGGCAGCGCCACAGGCACUGUGUCUGACCUGGCCCCCGGGCAGAGUGGCAUGGAUGACAUGAAACUAUUAGAACAGCGGGCAGAACAGCUUGCAGCUGAGGCAGAGCGGGACCAGCCCUCUCGGGCCCAAAGCAAGAUCUUCUUUGUGAGGAGUGAUGCAUCCCGGGAGGAGCUGGCAGAGUUGGCUCAGCAGGCCAAUCCCGAAGAGAUCCAACUGGGCGAGGAUGAGGAUGAGGAUGAGAUGGAUCUGGAGCCCAAUGAAGUCCGACUGGAACAGCAGAGUGUGCCAGCUGCUGUGUUUGGGAGCCUAAAGGAAGACUGACCCCCCACCCCCGACCCCAUCCACACAACCACCCCUUUAAAUACAGCCUCUCUUUGUACGUCA